AUGGAGCCCACAGCCUCUCUCUCCAUUCUAGCCCUGCUGCUGCUCGGCCUCUCGCAGGCUGUCCCUCUCAUGGAGCCUCAACUUGUGGACAUCACAGCAAACAUUCUGACAACCAACAACGGAUCCAGGGAACUGUUGGUGGAGGGAGACAUAGUCCUCCCAAGAACCAGAAACGCUCUGCUCUGCCCCAGCAACAACUGCUUUUGGAAGAAGUCCUCAACUGGUUUAGUGCAGGUUCCUUUCACAGUGAGCAGUGAUUUCUCAUCCUCUGACAGGUCUGUAAUUGCCGGUGCCAUGGCGACUUUCCACAGCAAAACCUGCAUUCGCUUUGUUCUCAGAACCACUGAAACUGACUACCUCAGCAUUGAGAACAGAGAUGGGUGCUACUCUCCAGUGGGCAGAUCAGGUGGGAAGCAGGUGGUCUCCCUGAACAGGAACGGCUGCGUGUACCACGGCAUCGUCCAGCACGAGCUGAACCACGCGCUGGGUUUCUACCACGAGCAGACCAGGAGUGACCGCGACCGCUACGUGAGGAUCAACUGGGAAAACAUCUCGCCAGCAAUGCAGUACAAUUUCAACAAGGAGAACACCAACAACCUCAACACACCAUACGACUACUCCUCCGUGAUGCACUAUGGGAAAACCGCUUUCUCCAUCAACGGGCGGGACACCAUCACUCCUUUUCCUGAUGCAUCAGUGCAGAUCGGACAGAGAGUGGACCUGUCUGCCAUCGACAUCCUGAGGAUCAACACUCUCUACAAGUGUUGA